UCAUUUUUGUGGCACUUCUUGCCACGAAAAAAGAACCCGCGAUGUGGACUAAAGUGAAUUAUAAAUUAUUAACACUUCUCUACGUCAUCGCUCUGGGUAACAGGGAGUCCGUCGGCCAAAACCCAGAGAAACCAGAGUCGCCUCUCGUCCAAGCCGCCGCCAGAGCAGAUUGGGACACCGUCAUCCACCUCAUAGAAAACGGCACCGAUCCCAACGAGAGUAAUAAUGCAGGUACGACUGCACUGACUUGGGCUGCACAUCACGGCCAGCUGGAGGUCUGCAAAGUGCUGCUGAAACACGGUGCUAACAUCGACCAUAAGAAUAACCAUGGUUCCUCAGCUCUGUCCUUUGCUGCCAGACGGGGUUACGCGGACCUCACCAAAAUGCUUCUCGACGCGGGCGCCGACGUCAAUAUUACGACGAACAGUGGUGACUCGCCACUGACCUGGGCUGUCUACAAAAAUCAUUCCCAAGUCACUGCCAUACUGGUCGCCGCCGGUGCCGACGUAAACCAUGCUAAUAAUAAAGGCCUGACAGCGCUCUCCCUGGCGGCGUCUCACGGCUUCGCGAACAUGACCCGCCUGCUGCUCCGAGCCAAGGCCAACGCGGACGUGGUCGACACCGCCAACCGCUCUCCACUCUACCUGGCGACGGAGAGUAACUACACGGAGGUGGUCGCCCUUCUGCUGUAUCGGUGUCCUAAUCUCCUCCUUAUGGAUAACCUGCACAGAACGGCGCUGGACGUGGCAGACAUCGAAGGAUUCACUCGCAUCUCCGAACUCAUAAAGGCCCACCAGGAUCAGAGGUGUGUCCUGGGCAAUCACCACUAUUCCCACAAGGACGUCGUCACGCGCGGGUGUUACGUCAUGGAGUGCCACUGCAGCGGGGACUGGGCGGUCAAGCCACGCCCACAUCCUGACUGCGAUCACAAGAGCGUAAGCGGCAGAGCGGCCAGUGCAGUGAAGGUCGGAAUAUGGAUCAUCGUUGCCUUGGCUAUCCUCAUGGUGCUCGGCGUGAGCGUCCACGUCGUGAAGCGAACGCGAUACUGAAGAGCGGCUGUUCUCUCUAUCUCCCUUUUCUCCUGCGGCUGUUCUUCCUACUUCCCUCUUCUUUUUACCUGCCUCUCUUCCUGCGGCUGUUCUCUCUACCUCCCUUUUCUCCUGCGGCUGUUCGCUUUACCUUCCUUUUCUCCUGCGGCUGUUCUCUCUGUCUCCCUUUUCUCCUGCGGCUGUUCUUUCUAAUUCCCUUUUCUCCUGUGGCUGUUCUCUCUAUCCCCCUCUCUUCCCGUGGCUGUUCUUUCUAUCUCCCUUUUCUCCUGCGGCUGUUCUCUCUAUCUCCCUUUUCUCCUGCGGCUGUUCUCUCUACUUCCCUUUUCUCCUGCGGCUGUUCUCUCUACCCCCCUUUUCUCCUGCGGCUGUUCUUUCUAAUUCCCUUUUCUCCUGUGGCUGUUCUUUCUAGCUCCCCCUUCUCCUGCAACUGUUCCUUUUACCUCUCUGUCCUCUUACGGUUGUUCUCUCUACAUCCCUGUCCGACCUCUCUCUCCUCUCAACCUUCCCAUUCUCCUGCACCUGUUCUCUCGCCCUGCAAAGAAAGCAUUAAUGGUCAGAGAUUACAAAAGUGAGAAAGUUUGAAAGAAAGGAAAAUAAAUGAGGUAUUUGUUGUAA